AUGUCUGCUGCCCGCCGGCGCCGAGUUAGCAGUAACGAUGCCUAUACUUAUGCCCUUCGGGUAGCCUUCUUAGCCUACCUUCUUCAGGCGCGAACGAAGAGAGUGCAGGCUGCCCCCCCUCCACCUCGGCCACAGUCACUCAACCGGGCUUCAACCUCGUUUCAUGACCUGAUGAAAGACUUCAGCUUGGUGCGGGACUCGAAAAGUACCAGGUUCCCUCAUGGGUUCAUCAGCGAGCUUGAAAGACGACUGACGGGUGUCCUGAUUGGCAGGGAGCAUAGAAAGGAAUUCCAGGAUUCGACCGUGAAAAGGACGUUUGGGGCCUUCCUAAACUCAUUAAAGGAGCAGACAUUCAAGAAACGGAUGGAAAAGGACAGGCGCGUCGAGGAUCUGGUACUUAUUUUCUUCUCAAAUGCAACCAAGGAGCUGUCCAAGGGAAAGGCCCCGGAAGACACUAGCUGGAAACUGAUGGUGGAUCGCCAUGUUGCGUUGUUUGUCCGGCUUAUCACUUUCAUUCUAAAGGACCAUGACUGGAUCAAAGACCGACCCGAGCUCGCAAGCAGGCUUGCAACACUAGAAAGCAAACUGCUUGCCCAUGACCAGAAUCUUACAGUAUCUUCUCAAAGGGAUAGCCAUACCAUUGAAGUUGCGGCUCCACUAAGCUAUGAUGUAAAGGACAUGCCUCUAGUACUGACUGUUGCAAAGGCAUUUGGUUUACGGAAUUCCCAGGUCCAGUCGGAUAUUAACAAGAACAAAGAUUCCUGGACUGGGAAGGAAGCAUUGCAGGAUUUAAAGCUAUAUCAAGCACAUCUUAAUCUCAAUACUGGGGGUACUCUCUCCGUAGCCGAUUUCGAGGUUGAAGAGGGAUAUGAGGCAUGGAGAAAGGCAGAGGGCCCUGACCUCUCACAGAUGAUGCUAGCCAUAAUCCAAUCCAACCCAGAGCUUGCAAAGAGUACAGGUGCAACCUUACCACAAUUCAAUGCUCAGCUGGCGGACAACCCAACUGAAGAAGACAUAAACCUGGAUCCGUAUCCCAAUGCAUCAGAAGGCUCAUCUUACGUGAUCGACCAGCCGGUGGAUAUGAGCUCAUUAUCUCUGGAGGAACAGCCCUAUGAGCACCCUGACACAAACCUGUACACUUUCAUACCCCCAGAUCCACGAUCAUAUUACCGGUUUCUGCUAAGCCAACUGCUCACACAUGAUCUCAGUGACCAGUCUCUUGAGGCAUCGGAGGCUACCUCAGAAACUCCGGCUUCAAAAUUACUAUCAAAGCAGUCGACAGAGUUGCUUAAUGAAAUAUGCCUACGCUGGAGGAUACCUAACUUCACCCGAGUAGUUCUUUUUCUGGAUGUCAUUCGGGAAAAGUACGUGGACCAGGAAAUUAGCCUAGACACUCUCGAUUCAGCAUUCUCGUUUGUCAAGGACCCUCCACCGACCAAAAAUAAGCGCGCCAGCAUAGUCAUAGCACCCAUUUUGUACGAUAGGAACAAAUGGACACAGGCGGAUAUAUUCUGCAUGCAACGUGUCAUAGCUGGAAUCCAUGAGGGUUUGCUACGACAGCUGUACGAAACAAUGAUGUCCUGCUACGAAACAAAAAUUCCGCCAAUUGGCCCUGUGAUGUAUGUUCUAGAGAAUCACGUCGAAUCUGAUCCGUACUUUGUGGAGAGUACGGAGGAGCGGGACAGGUUUCGGGAGUAUGCCUCCGAAGGGCUCCUAGAAAAAGCCAAAGCCAUCUACCAGGAGGCCCUAAAUAAAGAGAUCCCCCCUGAGCAGCAUGAGUGGGAGUUCCACCACAUUAUCCAGCUCGGCAAGGCUGUUAUGAAAGUCUGUCAACGGAUACAAAAGCGCUACAGGAAGAAUCCCGAUAUACAAGGAGUUAAUCCUAUUACUGUCCUGGUUAAUUAUAUUCUCCCUGUGUAUGCUGAAGAUGCAAGGGAUAUGAUCAUUCGGAUAAUGGAACAAGCUCAGGAAAAGAACGAGCAUAUUGAAAUGCAAGAUGGAUUCGAUUUAUACAGUGAACUUUCUAACAUUCGACAAACUUACAUUGAGGCCCUUCCUGGCGAAUCAUUCCCUUUUCACCUUGAGGAUCUGCUAGCGGAGUUUGUCUGGCGCUGGAUUCAGGUUACAGAUGCCAAAAUGAAUGACUGGGUAAACCAAGCAGUUAAACAGGAUAAUUUCAAAGUCCAAACGGAUUCUCCUGGCGAGAUACCCACAGAAGAACAACGGCAUAGUGUUUCAGUAACAGACGUGUUCCGGUCAUUUAAUCAGGUUGUGGACCAUAUAGUGCAGUUGAAUUGGGACGAUGAUGUAGGAUAUGCAAAGUUCAUGACGGCUAUUUCGCGGUCGAUUGGUAAUGGAAUGGCAAGAUAUUGCGAAAUUUUGGAGGGACUAUUUAGCCGCGAGAUGGACAGAUUAACACCAGAGCAAGAAGCUGCUGCAAGACAGACAAAGCAGGAAAAGUGGAUGCAAAUGGCAAAGGAUGCUUGGAGUAGCAAGGAAAAGGUUGAACCAUUUCAAUUCUUUCCAGAGUCCUUUGUAAAACUCAAUAACAUUGAGUAUGCGCUGCAGAAAUUCGACCAGCUGGAACGUGACAUUAACGUUGAUGCGUGCGCCGAGGUGCUGGCAAAGAAUGCACCGCCUCUAGCGAAGAGGCAGCGCAAGAUAAGCAAUUAUGUCUUUACUGUCAAAAUUGUUGAGGCCGAAGACUUGAAAGGCUGCGAUCUUGACGGCCUAAGUGAUCCAUAUGUUGUCUUAACCGAUGAAUACCAAAAGCGAAUUUCCAAAUCGCGUAUUAUCUACAACAAUCUCAACCCACGAUGGGACGAUACGGUAGAUAUCAUGACAAAAGGCCCACUGAACAUUAUUGCAACAAUAUGGGACUGGGACGCUGUUGGAGACCACGAUUACGUUGGUAGAACAUCAAUGAAGCUAGACCCUGUGCAUUUUGCUGAUUUCGCACCACGGGACUACUGGCUGGACCUGGAUACCCAAGGGAGGUUACUCCUAAGGGUUAGCAUGGAAGGAGAGCGGGAUGAUAUUCAGUUUUAUUUUGGCAAGGCUUUCCGUACGCUUAAGAGGACGGAAAAGGAUAUGACGAGAAAGAUCACAGAAAAGCUAUCGGCAUAUAUCAAUCACUGCCUGUCACGGCGAGCUCUUAAAGCCCUUCUUUCCCGUGGCAUCAGCAUGUCGACUGUUUCUAGUUAUUUUAAUCGAAACCGGACACAGUCAAGCCAAGCGCCGACGCAAGCUGAGGUUGAGAACGCUCUUGCACCUCUUUUUACAUAUUUCGAUGACAACUUUUCCAUAAUGAAUCAAACGCUUACAGGCCCUGCUAUGCGCACCGUUAUGGCUCGACUGUGGAAAGAAGUCCUUUCUACCGUUGAAUCACUCCUUGUCCCACCAUUAUCUGACAAACCGUCCAAUCAAAAGCCACUCACACAGCUAGAACUUGACAUAGUUCAGACCUGGCUUGGAUUACUCCUCGCCUUUUUCAACGCCGUUGAUGAAGAAACAGGAGAAGCCAAUGGGGUACCAAUGGAUGUCCUCAAAAGUCCUAAGUAUCAUGAGAUACAAACGCUGUUUUAUUUCUAUUUUGAACCGACGGAGCAGCUGAUCCGUACCUCGGAGCGCAUGGCCAGUGCCACUGCUGCUAGGCAGCAGGCGAACCGUAACCGCCUCUCCGCCUCAACCAUGGCUCUAGGUGUUCCGGGGUUCGCUGGAGUUCUCUCCACCCGACGAGGGAAGAGUAUCUUUCUAUCUCGCAACCUGGGAACAAUGAAAAAAGCGAAAGAGGAGAAGCGGCGCGAGGCCCAGGCCGAGCCUAACGAUGAUAUGAUAUUAAGGAUUCUUAGAAUGCGAGUGGAAGCCGCUGGUUACCUUCGAGAUCGAAGCAGGCAGAAGGAGCGGCUGGCAACGGCAGCUGCUGCAGACCUGAUUGUUAAGCAGAGUUUGAUGGCCGGCACUGGAGGUCGCAUGUCAGGAACUUUGCCACGGUAUUGA